ACCGACGCGAGCAGCGAGCGUCACUGGUUUCCCGGUUAAAUUGAGAUUUUACUUAAUAAAGUGUGUGUCAGUGUGUGUGUGACAGUGUGUGUGUGUCCGGUGUGUGUCCGGUGUGUGUCCGGUGUGUGUGACAGUGUGUGUGUGUGUGUGUGACGGCGUCGGGAUGUUCUGUGAGAAAUCCGUCGAGUUGAUCAGAGAACUUCACCGGAUGGCCGACGGACAGCUGCCCGCUUUCAACGAGGAUGGACUCCGGCAGGUUCUGCAGGAGAUGGAAGCUCUUUAUGAACAGAACCAGACUGAUGUUAACGAGGCGAAGGUUGAAGGUCGUGCUGACUUGAUUCCCUCCAUUAAACUGCGUCACUGCUGCCUGCUGAGGAACCAGCGCUGCCUCACCGCCUACCUGUACGACCGGCUGUUGAGGAUCCGCGCUCUGCGUUGGGAGUACGGCAGCGUUCUUCCCGCCAACAUCCGCUUCCACAUGUGUGCAGAGGAGGUGCAGUGGUUCACUCAGUAUAAAAAGUCUCUGGCCUCCUUCAUGCGCUCUCUGGGUGGGGGGGAGGGUCUGGACAUCACUCAGGACAUGAAGCCUCCGAAGAGUCUUUACAUCGAGGUGAGGUGUCUGAAGGACCACGGUGAGUUCGAGAUCGAUGACGGGACGGUGAUCCUGCUGAAGAAGAACAGUCAGCACUUCCUGCCGCGGUGGAAAUGUGAGCAGCUGAUUCGUCAGGGCGUCCUGGAGCACGUCGUGUCCUGAUGUCACAACGUCUGAGAGCGGAGGGGCAGCUCGUCCGAUUUUAAAGAUCAAAAAGUCCCGAAGUCCCUGAACACAACACAGUGUUUAUAUUCUGAUGUAAAAAUAAAAGUUUUCAGUCUGUCAACACUUUAUUAAAUACCACUGAACUUUACUUUGAAGGGGCUUGAAAAACAUUAGUUAAUGACAGACAGUCAGUGAGUGUGUCUGUGUCCAACUCUUCCUCACAGGUUAGUUAAUGACAGACAGUCAGUGAGUGUGUCUGUGUCCAACUCUUCCUCACAGGUUAGUUAAUGACAGACAGUCAGUGAGUGUGUGUGUGUCCAACUCUUCCUCACAGGUUAGUUAAUGACAGACAGUCAGUGAGUGUGUCUGUGUCCAACUCUUCCUCACAGGUUAGUUAAUGACAGACAGUCAGUGAGUGUGUCUGUGUCCAACUCUUCCUCACAGGUUAGUUAAUGACAGUCAGUGAGUGUGUCUGUGUCCAACUCUUCCUCACAGGUUAGUUAAUGACAGACAGUCAGUGAGUGUGUCUGUGUCCAACUCUUCCUCACAGGUUAGUUAAUGAUGUUACUGAGUCAAUGUGAGCAGAUUGUGUCUGUAGACUGAAGAGAAUCAGAGUCUCACUGAUGGUGGAAAUAAAGGUUUUACUUCCUUAAAA